AUGACAAGUCAUCCGGACUUCAACGAGAAAACCACAGCAACUGUGGUUGCCAGUGCGUUUGCUGAGCAGAUCCGCAACAAAAAUGUCGUUAUAACUGGAGUCGCGCCUAAAAGCCUCGGUGAGGCAAUGGCUGUUGCUAUAGCUGCUCAAUCUCCAGCAAAGCUUUUUCUAGCGUCACGGACAAAAGAGAAGUUGGAGAAAGUCACAAAAAAGAUUUCUACCGAAUCACCUCAAGCAACGUCUGCGGUGGAACUUGUCUAUCUGGAUCUCGCAUCCCAACAAUCAAUAGAGCAAGCCGCCAGUCAGAUUUCAAGUUCCGUCGACGCGGUUGAUGUUUUAAUCAAUAACGCUGGGGUCAUGAUUCUUACAAGAGAUAACACUGCAGAUGGACUGGAGCUGCAAUUCGGUACUAACCACAUAGGACAUUUUCUAUUCACACAGCUUUUGAUGAAACAGUUACUUUAUGCUGGGUCGAAGAGUGGUGAUUCGGCGAGAGUCAUUAAUGUGACAAGUGAAGGGCAUCGCCUAUCGCCCAUCCGAUUUAACGAUUACUUUAUUGAAGGCAAAGAUGUUCCAGAUGAGGAACAGCCUCCGCCACAAAUAACUGCCAUUUAUGGAAAGAUCAAAGAAUACAACGGAUGGCUUGCGUAUGGACAAUCGAAGACGGCUAAUUCUCUGUUUUCGCUGGCGCUCAACCAGAGGCUAACCUCAAAGGGUGUGAUAUCGUAUGCAGUACACCCAGCUAUAUGGACCAAUCUGAAUCGCAAUCUGGACGAAGAAGGGAACAGUAUCCUAGCAAAGACUGGCACAUACUGGAAAUCGGAAGAUGAAGGAGCAGCCACGAUGCUGGUGGCAGCGUUUGAUCCUUUGCUAAAUGAUUUACCUGGUCCCGGAGAGUUCUACCUAAGCGACUGCCAAUUUAAGGAGCCAGCUCCGUGGGCAAAGGAUACUGAUGCAGCUGACAGGCUUUACCAAUUGAGCGAGAAAUUGCUGGGGAGGAAAUUUGAUACAUAG